AUGGAGGCUCAGCCCCACACACCUAGAGUCCGUUCAGGGCCACGCAUUCCACACAGGCGAUCCAAAUCACAGAGAGACCGCCAGCGAAGACUGUCCCCUGCUAAUUCUUCCUCUAGUCCUGAUACUGCACAUUGGCCACGCCCACCACGCAAGAAAAGGAGGCGGCGGAAAGGAGGUGAAAGUACAUCGUUUCGAGAAGAAGAUCUGAUUGAUGGGUUUUGUAUCAACAGUUAUGGCAGCCUGGAGGCCAUGCAGGUGAGAGAGGGAGUUAGUAAAGUGGAGUUUUGGCAACAAAUGGCGAUUGGUCAUAAAGUGUGAACAGAUUUGUAAUAUACAGUCCCUGAAUCAUUUUCUUAACAGUAAUAUUUUCUAUAAUUGAUCCAUAAAGUUGAGAUCAAUAAUCCUCUUGUAGCUCUGUAUGUGCUAUAUUGCAUCUGAUAGCCCUCGUUUUCUGUUGGUAUUAUGUCCCAUUACCCCCACCGAGCAACACUGGGGAGUUGUAAGCUGAACAGUUAAAUUCUAUUUGGACACUGCAGUAACCUAACCUCAUCUUCUAAGUGGAUAUUCACCAAUCUCUAAAUUACUGUAAAACUGCCUGUAUUGACAUUCGGAUUUAAUCAGCAAACUUUUAAAUUGGUUGUUACUCUGCUCACAGCCUUUCACUUAUCUGGUUGUACAAUUAUAAGCAGAUCCAAUGGAGUAAUAUGCACUAAAUUAUACCUCCCUCGCCUCCUGCUUGACAAAUGCUACAAUCGCCCAAUAUACUGCAGUGUCAAAACAAAUCCAGUCCAGAAUACGUUUAUUUGACUUGACUUGUCUGCAGUCAGCCAUUGAUUCCUUCAUCCUACAGCACAGAUAUCCAGAAUAUCCAGGCAGGUGGGUGGAAUUGGUACAUGUGAUGGUGGAGUGGCACCUUAUUGGGCAGACAUGGAGGCAGUAUUACUGUCCCUGGAUUUUCUACAGUUCCUUGUUUGUCCCACGGGAACACAGACUGCUCUUUUGCAUGGGUUGUCCUGCUGUACUCCUUUAAAGGGACACUGUAAUCACUUAAACCACUGCAGAUUAAUGUCCCUGCAGACCGAGAAUUGUAAAGCACUGUUUCCUCCUCUGACCCACUCCCACAGACACUGGAGGAUAUUCCUGGGUUUGUUCAUCCUCUCCACGCUCUGCAGAAUGCUACCCAUCGAGAUUCAUAGAGUCAAUGUGUUUCUGUGAGGAGCUGCUGGUUAUCUCAGUGCAGCAAUUUGCCACGCAUGUGCAACAGCUCCUAAAACUUUCCUACGGGAAACCAUAGUGUUUGAGUUCAUCAGGAGGAUGGAAUAAUGGUUAAGAAAUAGACUUUUUUUUUUUUUUAAUUACAUUUUUUACUCUCGUGGAGCAAUAAUUUAAAUUGUAAUAACAAGGCACCACAACAGGUGUUUGCAUAAACACAUUCAGUGGUAACUGUCAUAUCCUCAAAAAGAUCCCUUAAAAGACCCCUUUAGUGCCAGGAGAAUAUACUUGUUUUCCUGGCACUAUAGUGCUCUGAGGGUGCCCCCACCCUCAGGGUCCCACUCCCGGCGGGCUGGAUGGAGAGGAAGGGGUUAAAUUUACCUCUUUCUCCAGCGCCGGGCGGGGGACUCUCCUCCUCCUCGGUUGAAUGCGCAUGCGUGGCAUGAUCCGCGUGCGCUUUCAGCCAGUCUCAUAGGAAAGCAUUCUCAAUGCUUUCCUAUGGACGCUGGCGUCCUCUCGCUGUGAAAAUCACAGUGAGAAGCACCUCUAGCAGCUAUCAAUGAGACAGCCACUAGAGGCUGGAUUAACCCUAUUAUAAACAUAGCAGUUUCUCUGAAACUGCCAUGUUUAUAGAAAAAAGGGUUAAACCUAGCUGGACAUGGCACCCAGACCACUUCAUUAAGCUGAAGUGGUCUGGAUGCCUAUAGUGGUCCUUUAAAGGAGCACUAUAGGGUCAGGAACACAAACAUGUAUUCCUGACCCUAUAGUGCUAAACCCACCAUCUAGCCACCCUGGUACCCUCAUGAUUCCCUAAAUAUAGUAAAUCUUACCUGUAUUCAAGUCUUCAGCUGCAUGCUUUGUGCCUGUUUCAAUUAGACCUGCCUGCUGACAUCAGCAGAAGUGGUAGCCUGUUCCAAUCACGAUGCUUCCCCAUAGGAUUGGCUGAGACUGACAAAGAGGCACAUAAGGGGCAGAGCCAGCACAAUUCAAACACAGCCCUGGCCAAUCAGCAUCUCCUCAUAGAGAUGAAUUGAAUCAAUGAAUCUCUAUGAGGAAAGUUCAGUGUCUGCAUGCAGAGGGAGGAGAUACUGAAUGUUUGGAUGCAUUUUAGGCAGCCAUGACCCAGGAAGGAUCUCUAACAGCCAUCUGAGGAGUGGCCAGUGAAGUUCUCACUAGGCUGUAAUGUAAACACUGCAUUUUCUCUGAAAAGACAGUGUUUACAGCAAAAAGCCUGAAGAUUAUGAUUCUACUCACCAGAACAAAUUCAAUAAGCUGUAGUUGUUCUGGUGACUAUAGUGUCCCUUUUAAUCAUAAAAAAAACAGAUAAUCCUGGUCUAAACAAAGAGUGUAACAAAGCAAAAGUAAUCGACAGGAGGCACAGAACUGUAACAUUUUGGCUGAAUAAUCCGUUGUCAAAGCCUUACCGAAAGGAAGUCAGGAGUUUGGUAGAUCCAGAUUACUGGACACUUUUUGGAGGGGUUCACGAAUCCUCGCCAAAAACUGCUGAAUAGAAUUACCCUUGUUGCUGUAGGGCUGUACUUGCUAUAUUGCUUAAGGCUGCAGCAACUCCCUCUAUUUCAGUAGUCCUAGCAAGCGAUAACUUAUGGAUAGAUUGAAUGCCCUGCUCCACCAUUCUCCUGCCUCCUUUCAUAAAGUUUGGAGUAAUUAGUCACAGUGUUUGGAAACAAUGUACCCAGAUUGUCCGCAUUGACCACCUAUUUUUAUUUUUUUUGGUAUUUGGCUUUUGAAGGGCUUAUCACCUUAUCUUGUUAUGUAAAAUUAAGCCUCAAUAAAUAUUGUACUGCAUAUUUGCACGGUCAUGACUAAAGAAGGAAAAAUAAAAAUUUUGACAAACUUGUCAAUAAUCACUCAAUCUUAAUAAUUAGCUGGAACAGUUAUACAAACAUCACAAUUUCUCUUGUUGCUUUCAUUCCUGAUUGUGUCAUUUCUUCAUUAAUGUUAAUGCCCAUCUCAUCUUUCAGAGAGAUGUGUCACUGGAUUCUGCACCACUGGAGGAAGCGGCCAGGAAGCAUCCAACAACCAAGCGAAAGAGAAGCGAUGAGGCCAGCUCAGAUGAUCCUGGGGCCAGUGGUCUUGAGAAUAGAAUGUCAAUUCCAAUAAACCCCAAAAAACGUAGACGGUACAAGGAGCAGGUAUGUAGAACUAUUUAACUAUUAGUUACAUAGAAGAAUGACGUCAAGCUUUCAUUUUGUAUUGGGCAUACACACUACCUUACAUACAAUAGGUGGAUCACACGUCUUGAUCUGUCUAAAAGAAACACAAAAUAAUAUAGUGCAAUAUUGCCAAGAUAUAUAUAUAUAUUUUUUUUUUUGUUUUUUUUAAUUUUUUUUUUUAUUAAUUUGGUACAGUAUGGAGAUUAAGUACUCACAAGCCUGGAGCCAAAUAGUAACAUAUGGUUCUCAUGAGUGGUGCAGUGGGACUUUUCAGUAGGAUGUCUCCAUCCUUCUAGAUGCUCCUGUGGUAUAUUCAGGAUGAGUAGAAUAAAGUUGAGCUGUGCAGGCAGAUUUUCUUCACAAAGAUCUUUAUUAAAGGACCACUAUAGGCACCCAGACCACUUCCACUUAAUGAAGUGGUCUGGGUGCCAGGUCCACCUAGGUUUAACCCUUUUUGCUAUAAACAUAUCAGUUUCAGAGAAACUGCCAUGUUUACCUAUAGGUUAAUCCAGCCUCUAGUGGCUGUCUCAUUGACAGCCGCUAGAGGCGCUUCUCACUGUGAUUUUCACAGUGAGAAGACGCCAGCGUCCAUAGGAAAGCAUUGAGAAUGCUUUCCUAUGAGACUGGCUGAAUUCGCGCACGGUUCUUGCUGCGCAUGCGCAUUCAGCCGGUGACGGAAGAAGAGGGAGGAGAGUCCCAGCGCUGACGGAUUAAGGGAUUAACCCCUUCCUCCCCCUUCAGCGCCACGGGAGUGGGACCCUGAGGGUGGGGGCAACCUCAGGGCACUAUAGUGCCAGGAACACGAGUUUGUUUUCCUGGCACUAUAAUGGUCCUUUAAUCCAGAUUGAAUAAAAAAUGUUUAGUAAAAGCAAUAAAAUAAAUGGUUAAAAACAAACAAUGGGGUUGGAUCAGUCCAAAGUCAGAUAUUGCCAAAUUGCUUGUAGUGUCCGAUACUGAGGAAACCCCUGCCACGGGGCGAAACGUGUUUCGGACAUUACAAGCUCGGUAUUGGCAUUGGGUGGGCAGCUUUGGGGACAGUAGGAAUGGAUGUGCUCGGUACUGGCAUUGGGUGGGCAGCUUGGGGAACAGUAGGAAGGGAGGUGCUUGGCAUUGGGUGGGCAGCUUGGGGGACAGUAGAAAGGGAUGUGCUCAGUGUUGGAUGGGCAGCUUGGGAGACAUUAGGAAGGGAUGUGCUUGGUAUUAGCAUUGGGUGGGCAGCUUGGGGGACAAUAGGAAGGGAUGUUUGGUAUUGGCAUUGUGUGGGCUUCUUGGGGGACAAUAGAAAGGGAUGUGCUCGAUAUUGGCAUUGGGUGGGCAGCUUGGGGACAGUAGGAAUGGAUGUGCUUGGUAUUGGCAUUGGGUAGGCAGCUUGGGGACAGUAGGAAGGGAUGUGUUUGGUAUUGGCAUUGGGUGGGCAGCUUGGGGGACAGUAGGAAGGGAGGUGAUUGGCAUUGGGUGGGCAGCUUGGGGGACAGUAGGAAGGCAUGUGCUCGGUAUUGGCAUUAGGUGUGCAGCUUGGGGGACAGUAGGAAGGGAUGUGCUCGGUACUGGCAUUGGGUAGGCAGCUUGGGGGACAGUAGGAAGGGAUGUUCUUGGUAUGAGCAUUGGGUGGGCAGCUUGGGGGACAAUAGGAAGGGAUGUUUGGUAUUGGCAUUGGGUGGGCUUCUUGGGGGACAAUAGAAAGGGAUGUGCUCGGUAUUGGAUGGGCAGCUUGGGAGACAUUAGGAAGGGAUGUGCUCGGUAUUGGCAUUGGGUGGGCAGCUUGGGGGACAGUAGGAAGGGAUGUGUUUGGCAUUGGCAUUGGGUGGGCAGCUUGGGGACAGUAGAAAGGGAUGUUUGGUAUUGGGUGGGCAGCUUGGGGACAGUAGGAAGGGGUGUUUUUGGUAUUGGCAUUGGGUGGGCAGCUUUGGGGACAGUAGGAAGGGAUGUGUUUGGUAUUGGUAUUGGGUGGGCAGCUUUGGGGACAGUAGGAAGGGAUGUGUUUGGUAUUGGCAUUGGAUGGGCAGCUUGGGGACAGUAGGAAGGGAUGUGCUCGGUAUUGGCACUGGGUGGGCAGCUUGGGGGACAGUAGGAAGGGAUGUUUGGUAUUGGCAUUGGGUGGUCAGCUUGGAGGACAGUAGGAAGGAAUAUGUUUGGUAUUGGCAUUGGGUGGUCAGCUUGGAGGACAGUAGGAAGGGAUGUGUUUGGUAUUGGCAUUGGGUGGGCAGCUUGGGGACAGUAGGAAAGGAUGUGCUCGGUAUUUGCAUUGGGUGGGCAGUUUGGGGGACAGUAGGAAGGUGUGUGUGCUCGGUAUUUGCAUUGGGUGGGCAGCUUGGGGGACAGUAGGAAGGGAUGUGUUUGGUAUUGGCAUUGGGUGGGCAGCUUGGGGACAGUAGGAAAGGAUGUGCUCGGUAUUUGCAUUGGGUGGGCAGUUUGGGGGACAGUAGGAAGGUGUGUGUGCUCGGUAUUUGCAUUGGGUGGGCAGCUUGGGGGACAGUAGGAAGGGAUGUGUUUGGUAUUGGCAUUGGGUGGGCAGCUUGGGGACAGUAGGAAAGGAUGUGCUCGGUAUUUGCAUUGGGUGGGCAGUUUGGGGGACAGUAGGAAGGUGUGUGUGCUCGGUAUUUGCAUUGGGUGGGCAGCUUGGGGGACAGUAGGAAGGGAUGUGUUUGGUAUUGGCAUUGGGUGGGCAGCUUGGGGACAGUAGGAAGGGAUGUGUUUGGUAUUGGGUGGGCAGCUUGGGGACAGUAGGAAGGGAUGUGUUUGGUAUUGGGUGGGCAGCUUGGGGAUAGUAGAAAGGGAUGUGUUUGGUAUUGGGUGGGCAGCUUGGGGACAGUAGGAAGGGAUGUGUUUGGUAUUGGCACUGGGUGAGCAGCUUGGGGGACAGUAGGAAGGGAUGUUUGGUAUUGGGUGGGCAGCUUGGGGACAGUAGGAACGGGAUGUUUGGUAUUGGGUGAGCAGCUUGGGGGACAGUAGGAAGGGAUGUGUUUGGUAUUGGGUGAGCAGCUUGGGGGACAGUAGGAAGGGAUGUGUUUGGUAUUGGGUGGGCAGUUUGGGGACAGUAGGAAGGGAUGUGCUCGGUAUUGGCAUUGGGUGGGCUGCUUGCGGGACCGUAGGAAGGGAUGUGCCCCCACCCCAUGUUGUGUGUUUUUGCUUUUUUGGGAGAGCAUUCAUCACAUGAUACAUCUGUGGCAUCAUUCUUAUUUCCCAUGCAGAGGCAGAGCUGUCCUGGAAUUGACAUGGAUAUUGCGUGCGCUCAGAGAGGGGGACCUGCACAGGUAUUGAGUCCAGUAACGUAUAAGAUCUUCUUGUAUUUAUGCUUAGAGAUUUGUAUCUCAAAUGUAAUGUUUGUGCAGAUCUACUUGAAGGGCAACGUCUACAGAUGAUAAAACUUGUCUGUGUGUUUUAGAGCUGCUUCUUGCUCCCUUAUGGCAUUUCAUUAGAGCUGCAACCUGUGACUUCCCUAUAAAGCUUGCAGAGCUCUGCGUUUGGAUCCUCUGUAUAACGUAGGCUUGCAGAGCUCUGUGUCUGGCUUCUCUGUAUAAUUAGCAGGCUUGCAGAGCUCUGCGUCUGGUUUCUCUGUAUAAUUAGUAGGCUUGCAGAGCUCUGCGUCUGGCUCCCCUGUAUAAUUAGUAGGCUUGCAGAGCUCUGCGUCUGGCUCCCCUGUAUAAUUAGUAGGCUUGCAGAGCUCGGCGUCUGGCUCCCCUGUAUAAUUAGUAGGCUUGCAGAGCUCGGCGUCUGGCUCCAUUGUAUAAUUAGUAGGCUUGCAGAGCUCGGUGUCUGGCUUCUCUGUAUAAUUUAGUAGGCUUGCAGAGCUCGGCGUCUGGCUCCCCUGCUCAUUGGAAGGUUGAAGAAAAUUCACACCUCCCUGCACCCUUCCUGAAAAUGUAUUAUCUCCUGCUCUGUUAAUUGCCUGUUGUCUGCUGCAGAUUCCUAUGUUUGAUUAACAUUCAAUCAACAGAGCAGGAAAUAAGAAAACAAACUUCUAAAGUAAACACACUAUGCUGUCAGAUCUGGUUGAAAGUGAAAUACUUUUUUCAUGCUGACACUGAGACACAGCCAGGGGAGGUGUGACAAGGGUUGAAUAAACUGAAACUAAAAUGAUUUAACUCCUAAAUGGCAGAAAAUUGAGCAGUGAGUUGACAUGUUCUAUACACAAAAACUGCUUAAUUUAGCUAAAGCUGUUUUGGUGACUAUAGUGUUACAUAGAUACUAUAGUGUUCCCUUUGCUGAUGUUUUGCAGUGUUCCGUGCAGGGUUGCCUAAGCUGCUGCCUGGAUACUGGAUAUAUUGUGAGUAUUCGCCCCCACUUUGUUCAAAAUGCUCUUAAAAUGCAUAUAUAUAUAUAUAUAUAUAUAUAUAUAUAUAUAUAUAUAUAUAUAUAUAUAUAUAUAUAUAUAUAUAUUCUUAUCCUAAAUUGUGUUCCAAGCAGUUGUAUACUGCAAACACAAAUUAAAAGGAAUCCAUGUUUAAAAUGGAAUGAGGCAAAAAUGUGAUUCUUUGUUAAACUAAUUUGCAUAUGCCCACCCAGAAUCCUUUGCGGUUGUAACAUCACUGCUGAUUUGGAAUUUCUGUGGGAAAAGCAAGUCUUAUGGCUUGACUGGUGUGCAGAUUUUUGUUUAGCAUUGUAAUAUAUAUAUCCCUUCGCUCUCCAGAGCGAGCCCUGCUUCUAUCUAUGGAUUUAUAUAGAGUAUAAACAGAGUGAGCCCUGCUUCUAUCUAUCUAUGGAUUUAUUUAGUGUAUAAACAGAGCGAGCCCUGCUUCUAUCUAUGGAUUUAUAUAGUGUAUAAACAGAGCGAGUCCUGCUUCUAUCUAUCUAUGGAUUUAUAUAGUGUAUAAACAGAGCGAGCCCUGCUUCUAUCUAUCUAUGGAUUUAUAUAGUGUAUAAAACAGAGCACUGCUUCUAUCUAUCUAUGGAUUUAUAUAGUGUAUAAACAGAGCGAGCCCUGCUUCUAUCUAUCUAUGGAUUUAUAUAGUGUAUAAACAGAGCUAGCCCUGCUUCUAUCUAUCUAUGGAUUUAUAUAGUGUAUAAACAGAGCGAGCCCUGCUUCUAUCUAUCUAUGGAUUUAUAUAGUGUAUAAACAGAGCGAGCCCUGCUUCUAUCUAUCUAUGGAUUUAUAUAGUGUAUAAACAGAGCGAGCCCUGCUUCUAUCUAUGGAUUUAUAUAGUGUAUAAACAGAGCGAGUCCUGCUUCUAUCUAUCUAUGGAUUUAUAUAGUGUAUAAACAGAGCGAUCCCUGCUUCUAUCUAUCUAUGGAUUUAUAUAGUGUAUAAACAGAGCGAUCCCUGCUUCUAUCUAUCUAUGGAUUUAUAUAGUGUAUAAACAGAGCGAGUCCUGCUUCUAUCUAUGGAUUUAUAUAGUAUAUAAACAGAGCGAGCCCUGCUUCUAUCUAUCUAUGGAUUUAUAUAGUGUAUAAACAGAGCGAGUCCUGCUUCUAUCUAUGGAUUUAUAUAGUAUAUAAACAGAACGAGCCCUGCUUCUAUCUAUGGAUUUAUAUAGUGUAUAAACACAGCGAGCCCUGCUUCUAUCUAUCUAUGGAUUUAUAUAGUGUAUAAACAGAGCGAGCCCUGUUUCUAUCUAUGGAUUUAUAUAGUGUAUAAACACAGCGAGCCCUGCUUCUAUCUAUCUAUGGAUUUAUAUAGUGUAUAAACAGAGCGAGCCCUGCUUCUAUCUAUCUAUGGAUUUAUAUAGUGUAUAAACAGAGUGAGCCCUGCUUCUAUCUAUGGAUUUAUAUAGUGUAUAAACAGAGCGAGCCCUGCUUCUAUCUAUCUAUGGAUUUAUAUAGUGUAUAAACAGAGCGAGCCCUGCUUCUUACUAAAUACAUUUCCUAUUCCCCCGUUCUCUUCUUCCUUAAUGCUGUAUUUGCUAAACCUGCUCACAUUCUGACUCUGUUUUCUUACAGUGUGAUGCUGAGAGCAGCUGUGAUGAGCAGGUAAUUGUUGAAAAAAUUUUUUAGUUUUUCACUCCAGUUUUACUUUUUCUCAAAAUCCUGUUACUUCUACAUUAAAAAUAUUGCCCACAUUUGCCUUUUUCAAGAUACAAAAUAUAGCAGCUCAUUACCCAAGUUGACUAUUGCAACUUACUUUGGCUUACAUUGCCCUUCUUCAGUCUGUAAUUAAUGCUGUCACCUGGCACAACUAUAUGACUGACCGCUACUCCCAUACCUCACCCUUUGCCAAUUGUUAGAUUGGCUUCCUGUACCCUUCAGGUUCCCAUUUCAACUGCCAACACUAACCUAGAAAGCCCUCACUAACUCCACUCCUCACUAGAUUUCCUCAUUACUCAGCAAAUAUACCCCUUGUCAUUUCCUUUCAAAGCAAUUCUCUCAUCUGCUUAUUCCCGCUGUGCCAACUCUCAUCUGUAAGAAUUUCAAGAGCUGCCAUAUUACUAUGUAAUUUCCUACUCUAUGCAUUCAGACUCUCCCUUAGCCUCCAGUCCUUUAACCCCUUCCCGACCACGGAUGUGUCGGGUACAUCGACAAAAAAACAGUCCUUAAGGACCGCAGACAUACCUGAUACGUCCGCAGCGAAUUAGAGAGACGGAAGCGAUCGUGAUUGUUUCCAGCCGCUCUGAUGAUAUUGCAGGAUGCCUCGAUAUCGAGGCAUCUUGCAGUACCCCUCCUUACUGCUGAGCUGCUGGGUGAUCGCUCCCCCGGAGAGAUCACUUACGGGUUGCCCCACAUGGAGCCCGGCAGUGAGGCAGAGCAUCGGAAGCCAUCAGACAUCGACCCCUCGAUUUUAAAAUAAAUAAAUAAAUAUAUAUAUAUUUUAUUAUAGUGUUUUUUUUUUUGUUGUUGUUGGUUUUUUUUUUUUUUUUUUAAUUAACCCUCUCCCUCCAUUCCAAUGUACUUACCUGAUCGCUGCCGUUCCCCCGCCGGCGAUUGGUGUUCUUUACUGGGGGGGGGCUGUCUGACAGCCCAGAUUAGGCAAAUUAGGACCCCCCCAGUGGCCAUGUGAUCGCUCUGAAAGAGCAGUCACAUGGCCACUAUAGGAGUUCAUAAUGCUGCCAGCAGGGGGAAUGCCUGAACUAAUAAUACGGGCACCUAAUGUGUCAAUCCCUAUCCUCUCUGACAGCUUCUAUUUCUCCUGUGUUUUUACCCAUUUCUACAUAGAUUGUAAGCCUGUUGGAGCACCUCUUCCUCUGUUAUCUUCUGUAUGUUAAUUACUUGUUUUAAACUUUCCCUAUUCUCGAAUUGUGAAUAUGUUGUUGCUAUAUGAAUGCAAAUUGUAAGCGUUACACUGUUCACCAGUCUAUACUUUCACUAGCCAUUUGGGUGUCAUCACAUUUAGAUUUGAUUAUUAGCACACACCCUUUAAAUUCCCCAAACUCUAUUUAAAACAAAGGGUUAUUGACACUAUUUACAUUCAUUGAGAAUUUCAUUGAUGUGGCUACUGUAAGGAAAUGCACCAGCAACAUGGGCCCAAAAAGUGACGGGGGCGGGGCCUGGCUGCCAACCUGCGUGGUCGCACGCAUAGCAUGCUCCGUAUGAAAAGCUACUGAAGUGCCUUAAUCUGGACGUUUGCCACACCAAACCCAGCCAUCUGGAAGCUGGCAAUACUCUGCAUCCACUCCUGCAUCGCUCUGCAGUUUUGCCCGUGCACAAUGAGUAGCCUGGACUCGACACGCAACUGCGGCUUAUUUGUGGGUGCUGGCGUGGAGAAUGCGGGCGAUCUUCCUGCUGGCUAUCCUACUGGAAUAAGUGGACAUAGCAAGGGUUCCCGUUCCCCCCCCCCCUCCCCUUGCCGGUGGGCUUAUCCCUGCCCCAGUGCUGGUGGCACUGCGACUCCACACACGCUCCUGCUGGAUGACUCGGCGGGAACCAAGAUGGCGGGCGCAAGACCUCACACCAUGCCCAAUGGAAUCCACUCUCACAGGGCUGGAUGCAAUCUUCAUGGAAUUCUGGCGCAGGCUUGAGGAGAGGCGACUGGGUGUAAGCAAGCAAUACUGCUCACCCCCUGCAGCUGAGGGCUCCAUGCCUGAUCCAAAGCAUCAAAGAAAGCCCAUACCUAAGCGCCGGAACAAACAUGCGCAGACAUCCAUUCUACGUCUGCGCCCUAAGUUGCCCUGAACCCAUUACUGUAUUCCUAGACUGAAGGCCUCGAGGGGUAUAACCCUCGCAGCUUGUACCAACGCUGCCACUCUGUGAACACAGCUAUCCGAGAUGCAGCUUAUGGUGCCACAAGAAACCGGAGCAAUGGGAACUGUAUGCUGGCUCUCACGAAAGCCUGGGUUCAGCGGAGAGGCCCACUAAAAGUCGAUGGGACUCAGUCUCAAUGUGAGACUCCAGUAGCAAGCAUGGGUAUCGGGUAAAGCCAAUAAAAACAUAGUCACACGUGGUGCAUGAAGUUGCUUGACCCCUCGGGUGCACCCUUUAAUGUGCCAUACUUAUUAUGUAAUAGUAGUUCACUCACCUCAGGCAACAACAACACUACUGACCAGAGCCUUGUGUGAGUUUGAAUUUUAUUUUGUGGGGAGCUGGUGUUUGCUAAUGAACAGCUGGGUAUAAUCAUGUUUUUCUUAAUCGUAUCCUUGUAUAACCCUGUACACCCUUCAGUUAUGUUCUUCCUGUUUCUCGUGACUCUUAAAUUAACCUAAAAUGAGACCUUCACAGUGCCGAACUUUUCAAUGUAUGACCAUAAUCUACAUUCAAACCUAUCUUGUACAUGAUACAUGUUUUUUUUUUAUGUCUAUGCAAUGCUGGUACCACUGCUAUAAAAGUCUGUAUUUACACCUUGUGUCUCAAUAAAAAAGUGAUUGGGAAAAAAACAAAGGGUUAUUUAAUUUUCAUUCUAGUUUGCCUGUUCCAAAUGUUUCUUUGGUUAAUCUUCUUUUGUAGGUUCCCGGCGAUGACUUGGCUGUAUCAUUCACCGUGUCCACAAGCACAGGUAUACUCUGCUCUCUGUUCUUUCCUUUGCUGUUUCAUUCCUUCUAUUUUCUCCAUGGCUUAGCUCUUCUGUUCUCUCGUUCUGCAGCAUCUCCCCCUCUCUCUGGAGGUCGGCUCAAACUGUUGGUCCUAUCGCAGAUCUCUGGAUUGAGUAGAAGUUGCGAAAGAAGUCCGGAACAGGAAUGCGAAGCCAUUUUGCCCAAACCAUGCCAGUCUCCCGCUCCCCCCCGGAGAACUCUCUGUACUCCAACUUCUGUGGUGCCCAGUGCACCCCCAAAAGCCCAGCUUGCACCUAUACCCACCCAUCUUCCCACCACAUCAGCCCCAGAUCCAGGCCACAACAGGUAAAAGCCAACAUAACAUGAGAUCAAUGGGAAUGUGGUUCUGAUAGGGCAAAGCCAUGUUAUCUGCGCUGUAAAAUUAAAUGUUUUCUUAUAACCUUUAUACCACCUUCUCUGACUCUUCUAGUACUGGCCGGAGCAGUGUGUCGAAGCCGGUGUCUGCACCUCGCAUAUCUCAGCGUCCCACCACUCCAUCCCUUUCUCUGACAGGUCACACGGUAACGCAUAAUUUCCCCUCUGCUCUGCGCCCACCCUCGCAUCGUCACAUGGGCCUAUUUGCACCUUCUCCAGGUCUGCCUCCGCCCCCUCCCCUACUGCAGGUCACUGGACAUCCUUCAUCAACUGUCACUGCUGUCUUAUCUGGUAAGUUUGCAUCCAGAUUGGCACCAAUGGGUUGGUGGCUUAAAUGGUACAGGUAACACAGGUGGAGGGGAUGUUGGUUGGGCUUUCCUGCUCCCACUAGGGAGGGGAUGCUGGGCAGGCUUCCUUGCGCCUGCUCUCUUCAUCUCUAUUUAAUUGUUCUCUUUUUAGAACAUGAUCUGAUGGCACAAGAUAUUGGUUCCCGCUUCCUGACAGCACCUGGAGCUGAUUUAAGUACAUCUCUCCGACCUAUGUACCAGUUCCACCACCACAACCAUCAACAUACCCACCAGCAUACCCACCAGCACUUUGCUCCAUAUCCCCACAACGUUGGCUCAGCUACAGUAAGUCUUUAGCCAAUCACAUAUGAAGCAUCAUCAGCACCUCAACUCUCCCAACCUUCUCCUACUCCAUAUCUCCUCACUGAUCCCAACCUUAUCCUAUUCCAUAUCGCCUCACUGACAGUUCACCACUCCCAACCUUCUCCUACUCCAUAUCUCCUCACUGAUCCCAAGCUUAUCCUAUUCCAUAUCUCCUCACCAGCACUUCACCGAUCCCAACCUUAUCCUAUUCCAUAUCGCCUCACUGACAGUUCACCACUCCCAACCUUCUCCUACUCCAUAUCUCCUCACUGAUCCCAACCUUAUCCUAUUCCAUAUCUCCUCACCAGCACUUCACCGAUCCCAACCUUGUCCUAGUCCAUAUCGCCUCACUGGUCCCAAACUUAUCCUAUUCCAAAUCUCCUCACCACUCCCAUCCUCUCUGGCCCAGAUGGUCAGAAUUUAAAAUCUUAGCCAAUCAAGUGCUUUCCCCUAGGAAAGCAUUGGGAGGCUCUCACAUGCGCGGCAAAAUGUGGCGCUGCGCCAAUCAGCACUUCAAUCCAGUGCUAAAACCCGAGUAACCAUGGGAGUAGUGCAUGCAGUGUGGUUGCUGUGCUGAAGGGCAGGGCGACGUCUGUAGGAGGGUUCUCCUGCACUCCCCGUAGAUGCGUUCCAAAGAAUUCAUUGACAGCUACAGGGAGGACCAUUAUUUAUUAACUAUGACCUUAUGAACGUGUGUGUAUAUUGUCAGGACUAUGUUUACAUGUAAGGGUUAGAUGGACUAUAAUAUUGAGUAUGGUAAUUCCAAACAAUUUGUACCAAAUAGAGAGGUAUGGGAUGCAUUAUACAAUAACAGAUUUGUAAGCAACUAUAGCCCAAACUGGAACAAAUUGGCAAACUUUUAAUUUGGCUUUUCUCCUAGUCUAUACAUUUUUCUACCUUUUUAAUCUUCUCCCAAAUGCACAGACACUAACAGUGAGGUGUGUGUAUAUAAACGUGAGAGCCACUGGGUACCUGAAAUCCUAAAUCCGACUCUGUGCCCAAUCCUACACUCCCACAUUCCUUACUGUCAUAUCCACUGCUUCUCCAAUUGCCUUCAUGUGUCUCUUGUUCUUAUUUCAGUUUGAGAAGUAUCCUGCUAAGAUAGAAAGUCUGUACAGACAGAAUGUGAGUACAAUGCGCACGGAUUGCUCCUCUGUGCCUCCUAGUGGCAGUGCAUUCAGAAUGCUGACCCCACUCCCUCCUGUGAUUUCUGGGGAUGUUUAGGAACGAAAGGUCUGUGGCAGUUUAUUCAGCCACUAAUGCUAGUCAUCGUUUGGGCACUCCUGGUGCCUUUGCCAAGCCAUGGCUGAAUAAACUCCCAUCGACCUUUACACUGUGUGCUGAGGUGUGUGUUUGUUUUUUUUAAUCACUUUAUGGUUUGGUGAUCAGGAACCCGACCUGCCACACACUCCCCUCAAGAUAGAUUUCAUUGGAGUGCUCUCUGCAGACUAAUGGGUUAAUUCUCUAAACUGGGAACUAUAGACUAUGAACAAGGGGAUUGUCAUUUGUAGCCCAAAUAUCCAGACUAGAAAAAAGCUAUCACAGUGUUAUUUGUCAGUUUAGUGAAUGAAAUGUGGAUUGUGUCAGGCACUCUCCAUGAUCCAUAAUGUUUUAUAGCCGUGUGGGCCAUCCCAUUUAAUGUUCAUGUGGCCUUGUUUUUUUUUUUGUUUGUUUCUAUUUUUGAACAUUUUUUAUUUAUUGCGGAAAAAAAUGAAUGUGAAAGAAUAAAUUUUACCGUAGAAUUAAAAGUAACGCUGUGGUCUGUAGUGAUUAUAGUGCUCGGGGCAUGCGCAUUAAAGACUUACAGGGAGUUCUCUCCGACCGUAACCGGACUGUCUGUUACUAGAAACCAAGUAUCGCUAGUAUGCGGUUAGCUGAACUGGCAGGUUGUUUUUAUUUUCCCCAGGCCGUUUUUUAAAGUUUUUCAGUGAGGGGCCCUCUCCUGCUCUGGAUUCUUUCUGUCCCCCUCUUCAUACCUUUUAUGGUUUGUGUCGCAGCGCUCCCACAUUCUUCACACUGUCUCUUAACACUAUUUUCCUUUUUUUUUUUUUUUUUUUAAAUGCAGUUUUUUCCACCAUAUUCACCAGUUAUCACUGCUCUUAGUCCUGUUCUACCUCCCAAUGUCUCUUUCGGAUCCCUUCAGGGGGCCUUUCAGCCCAAGGUGAGUAUAUGAUGACGGUGGUGGUGUGGUGGAAUUUUCUCACCUAUUAUGUUUACAUUUAAGCCACCCUUUUCCUUAUAGAGCACAAGUUCAGAGCUGGCCUCACGGUGCUCUGUCCCUUCUGCUGUUGGCCACAAGACUGCACAGGUGAGACAUUUUCAGUAUGAGUGGUAUCUUUAGUAUGCUGGGAAGUGGAUGUUGGGGUAAUAUAAUGUGAUGUGCCAACAUGGGAAGCCGGGAAGCCAAUGCUGGAAAUGACCUGACUGGGGUGGUGUGCAGAGGGGAUUCUGGGGUGGUUUGCCGAAAGGCAGAGGAGAUUCUGGGAUGGUGGGCCGAGAGGCAGAGUGGAUACUGGGGUGGUGGGCCGAGAGGCGGAGUGGAUACUGGGGUGGUGGGCCGAGGAGGCGGAGUGGAUACUGGGGUGGUGGGCCGAGGAGGCGGAGUGGAUACUGGGGUGGUGGGCCGAGGAGGCGGAGGGGAUACUGGGGUGGUGGGCCGAGGAGGCGGAGGGGAUUCUGGGGUGGUGGGCCGAGGAGGCGGAGGAGAUUCUGGGGUGGUGGGCCGAGGAGGCGGAUGGGAUGCAGUGGUGGUGGGCCGAGGAGGCCGCGGAGAGAAUGCUGGGAAGGUGUGCCGAGAGGAAGAAAUACAGUUGCUGAUUUUUUUUUUAUUUAUUUUUUUUUAAUGUAUUUAUGUAUUUAUAAUUUUUUCAGCUUACAGACCAGUUCAAGCCGAGGGUGAGUUUUUCUGUGUAGGAUUGUGUCCAUUUGCACUUUCUCACUGCAGUAUAGCGAAUGAUUGAUAUCUGUGUAGCUAUCUGUAUUUGCCAUAUGUGAGGUUUACCAAGGUGAUACCCGCCUGGCUCUGUCUCGUUUGUGAAUUGUGUAUGAUCCCUCUUAUGACCCUGAAGAAACCUUUCCUUUCUCUUUCCUUAUUACAGAGGUCUGGGCGCUGGUGUGCAAUGCAUGUUCGUGUUGCAUAUAUGAUUUUGCGGCAUCAGGAGAGACUUAAGGUAUUGUGUUCUCUUCCAAGCCAUCCCACCCUCUUCCUUUCCACCAAGUCCCUCUUUAUUGCUGACUACAGGUAUAUUGCAUACGCUCUCUCCCACAGCUUGCACAUGGAACCCAUAAGUAUGAUUUCCGAGGUGAUCUUUUGUCCUGCCUACCACCAGGACUUGGUUCUUUACCCACCUCUCACGAGCUAGUGCGACCUUCCUCUCUCUUCACUGGUAAUGAAUUUCCUAUUUUCAUUUUGAAUUGAGAUUCAUAGUACUUGUUAUGACCUGUGUGUGUGUCUUUAUUUUUUACUCAUAAUUGUGUCUUGUUCUCUAGUCCUUUAUCUAUCCCCAUCCUUCAUUUCUCUCUCAUCUCAUAUCUUUUUUCUUUAUAGGCACCAUGUCGCACACACCGAAUCAAUAUCGGGUUACUCCUCCCGCCGCAGCAUCCUUCCUGCCCCCAUCAGGAUCUGUGGGUAAGCUUUCUGUGUGAGUCUGCUGUACGGUGGAUCUUCUCGAACAGCAAUGAACCCCUGCCUUUAGGUCUGCAGUCUGGAGCCAUGUGAACAUAUGAUUACAUAAUGCCAGUGUCUCCUUGUGCACCAUUCACUGUUGAGGACAGUGGAUGACAAUGUCUCUGUUCUUUGAUUUUAUACCAGUGGUUCCCAUAUUUUUUAGGUUCAAGGCGCCCUUAAUAUUUCAAUAUUUUUACAAGGUGCCCCAAGUCAAAACAAUUUUCUAGGUUGUAUAUAUGUACAGCGCAGCAGCAUAUACUGGGCUCCUGUUGGACAGAAAUGCUUGCCCUUCAAGCGCAGAUCCAGAACCUAAUCUUGGGAGGGGCACUGGUAGAUUAUUUAAAGAAACAAUCCAGGCACAAUAACCACGACAGCACUUUGUAGUGGUUAUGGUGCCAGCAGUACUGUAGUGCCCUCCCAGAGAAAGUAGUCAAACUGUUUAACAACUUUCCUGGGAUCUGCAGAUGUGUGUGUGUAAUUGUCUCUGUGGGGUUAAGAGGGAAAAUUUAAUAAAUAAUUCUAAUUAUUUUGAUAUCCUCCCCCCACCCCCCUCUGCUUACCUUUUCCUGGGGUGGGGGGACACUACUAAUUCCUGGUGGUCUGGUGGAAAAGCCCUGGCUGUCCUAGUGGUGAGAGUGAACUCUAACCUGCAGCUCAGGCUAGAAUAUACUCGUGAUGGGCAUUGCUGUGGUAACUGCAGCAACGUUCCAAGCUCACAAGAGGAGAACCUGGCGAAGCUGCAAGUUAAAGCUCCCCCGGGUCCUCUCUCCCCUGCUGGCUGCCAGUAUUACAGUGCUAGCGGGCCGGAGUGGGAAAUCUCUGAUCUCCCCUCUGGUCCUGCAGAGCCAGCAGGGGAGAAGUAAGCACAGUUCUCAGUGGUAUGAUCAUAGCACUGGGAAAAUAUCUUGCGUCGCCACGGAACACAGAUUGGGAACCGCUGAUUUCCUUUCACUGUGUUUUGUAUGUUUUACCUCUUUUGGACUCUAACUGUUUUCUGCUGUUCCUCUUUUUUUGCAGACCCAUUCAAUCGGACGUCUGGAUUUUCUUCUUUGGCAUCUCUAACUAAUGGGGCGUUUGGUGGAUUGGGGGGCCCCUCUUAUAGUGAGUGUUUUCUUAGUAUAAACUCCAUCCCCUACUAUCAAUAUUAAAAGUCAGAUUUCAGCGGGGUGCUAAAUUAAGGGUGUGUUCAGUGGGGAGCUGAAUUAAAGAACACUCUGGUCACCAUAACAACUUCAUCUAAAUAAAGUUAUGGUGCCAGGAGGCUCCCAGCUUAACCCCAAAGGCUGCGUCCAGCGCCGAAUUUCCAGGUCCUCCAGCAGCAUCCGGCUUCUGAAAACGAGUUUCAGGAAGCCCAGAGUGCCAUCUUGCGGGUACCAACUAAUUUGUUACAUAGUUGCAUAGUUACAUAGCUGAAAAGAGACUUGCAUCCAUCAAGUGCAACCUUCCUCACAUAUGUUUUUGCUGUUGAUCCAAAAGAAGGCAAAAAACCUGGUCUAAAGCGCUUCCAAUUUUGCCACAAACUAGGAAAAAAUUCCUUCCUGACCCCAAAAUAGCAGUCAGAUGUCUCCUUGGAUCAAGCAGCUAUUACCCCACUAAUUAGAAACUAUAUCCCUGUAUGUUAUGGUUGGGACAUAAAAAAAAGUGAAUUGGGAACUACUGAAUGGCUAAGAGCCAAUCAGCGGCACUACGUACUUCUUGAAACUGCCACUGGGGUCCUGGAUAUCCGGUGCUGGAGGCAGUCUAUGAGGAUAAACCAUUCGAGAUUAGUUUAACCCAUUAAGGAAACAGAGUGCCCUGUGGAUUCCUGUCACCAUAGCAACUUUAUUUAGAUGAAUUGUUUUGGUGACUGGAGUGUUUCCUUUACAGGCGGAUUUCACUGAGGUGCUGGGAUAUUAAAGGGGGUGUUAGGGUGAGGAGCUGGGAUAUUAAAGGGGGUGACAGGCUGUCAGACCGAGCACAUGUGCUGCAGGGACUCACAAUCCGCCUCCCUGCUCUUCCGCAGUCAGUGUGAAGUGCAGGGAGAUGGAUCAGUGCGCCCCUUUCCCCCUGCUUUAAGAAAAUGAACCCCUUCUCUGCCAAAUGAUCACUGACUGCAGUAAUCAAUUGGCAGGGACUACAUUUUACUGUCAUCUGAUUUUUAUUUUAAUUUUAUUUUUUUAAUACCCUCAGUGGUUAAAUUUAUUUUAUUAAUUUAAAGAUUUUAAAAUUAUAUAUUUAGCUAGCAGGGGUGGGUGAAAGUUAUUGGGGGAUUUGGUGUUAGGCUAACUAGGGGUUAACAUUAAAAAAGUUUUAAAAUAAGCUUUUAAAAGUGUGGGUUUUUUUUUUUUUUUUUAAAUUCCCCUUCCCUGCCAAUUGAUCACUGCCUACAGUGAUCAAAAUACAGAUCACAGUAUUAUACUGUGAUCUCUUUUUUUUUUUUAACCCCUGAGGAUUGACUGUUUAUUUUUUUUUAACCCUCAGGGGUUCAAUUUAUUUCAUAAAUUCAUUUAAAUAUUUGAAAAUUAUAUAUUUUGCUAGCUGGGAUGGGUGGGAGUUAUGGGAUAUUGGGGAAUUUACCGUUAGUGGUUAACAGUAAAAAAAGAUUUAUAAAAUUUUUUACAAGUGUAAAAAAAGUUAAGAACCUUUAAAACAUUUUAAUAAGUAAAAGAAAAAGUUUAAAAACGAGUCUCGACUGUAAAAAAAAGUUUUAAAAAGUUAAAUACAUAAAAAAAAAUGCUCGUUACCACUACACUUGGAACAUAUUAGCGAAAAAAUGAUCCCAUGCUGAGGUUCAAAAUAUGCCUUUUGAAUUACCCCAGGGUGUAUUCUUUAAUAAAUAGUAUGUGUUUGUGGGGAAGUUUGAAUAACCAGCCAGCUAACCUACUCCAAAAUGGAACAUGGACACAGCGUAAAACUUCAACGUUAGGAAAAAGUGUAUGGCUGCGUCUUAAAUGUACCCCUUCAACAUAUCCACAUAUACCUGGCAAAGGAACAUACGGGGGUAUUGCUGUACUCAGACGACAUAGCUAAGCAACAUAUUAAGUAUUAUACAGUCGUAGCACACAUAAGGUUUACAAAAUAUCUUGUGCAAACUAUCUAGCGGAAAAAUUAUGCCCCCCAAAAUACCCUGGGAUGUCUUCUUUAAGAAAUGGGAUGCCUUUAUGGUGUAGUUGGAAUAUGUAGCCUGCUCAAGUGCUCCAAAGUGGGACACGGAUGCAUCAAAAUCCUCCAUGAAAAUUCACACUUACAAACCUGAACUUGUCACAUCUCUUUUACAGCACUGUAACUUCACAAAAUAGUGUCUAGGUCAUACAUUGGGCAUAUUGUUUUAUUCAGAAGAUAACUGAGCAUAAUUUGGGGGUGGGUUUAUGACAGUGGUGCAAAUAAAGUGUAAGAGAUACUCUGCAAAAAUGCAAUAUAUAUGUAAAAAGCCAAUUCUUCCCUCACCCCCUCCCCCCUCACCACAAACAUUGACAUAAGUUGGUGAACAAAUGGUGACAAGUUAAAGGACCACUAUAGUGCCAGGAAAACAUACUCGUUUUCCUGGCACUAUAGUGCCCUGAGGGUGCCUCCACCCUCAGGGACCCCCUCCCGCCCGGCUCUGGAAAGGGUUAAAAACUUACCUUUUUCCAGCGCUGGGCGGGGAGCCCAGUGAGAAACACGCAAGCGCCUCUAGUGGCUGUCAAUGAGACAGCCACUAGAGGAUUAGGGGGAAGGCUUAACCCAUUCACAAACAUAGCAGUUUCUCUGAAACUGCUAUGUUUAUAAAAAAAAAAUGGGUUAACCCUAGAAGGACCUGGCACCCAGACCACUUCAUUAAGCUGAAGUGGUCUGGGUGCCUAGAGUGGUCCUUUAAGGCACAAUAUACCCCAUAUAAGAUACCCUGGGGUAUCUGCUUUAUCAAAUGGAAGCCCUUUGUGGGGUUCUUUGAACAGUCACACUGCUAUAAUACCCUAAAAUGAGACAUAGGCUGGUCAAAUCCAUCUAUUUUAUGUAUAUGUGACAUCAAAUUAAAGCUCUGUUUGCCCUCUGAAAAAUGGUAUAUAAUAUGUGUUGUUGCAAUAAAUGACAGAUGCAAAUUGCGUUUGAACACAAACAGCACAAAAUGCAAAAAUGCUUGUGUCUUUAAGGGUAAGACAAGCUUUUGGAGCUGUGUCUUAAGGGGUUAAGCUGUAUAUUAUACAUUAAAUUGUGUAUUGUAUAUUAAGCUGUAUAAUAUGCAUUAUAUUGUGUACUGUACAUUAAGCUGUAUAUACACUACACAUUAAGCUGUGUAUUGUACAUUAAGUUGUAGUUCUGGUGACUAAAGUGUACUUUUAAACAAAUCCCUCAAUGUUUCUCUGGUGAUUCAGGUCUUCCAUCAAAUUUCAUAAUGUGUUUUUGUUUUGUAGAUCCCUCCACCAUGUUUAAUCAGAAGGAAUCUCCCACAAUGCAUAGCUUCCCCAGCCCCCAUGAUGCUUGGAAUCGGCUGCAUCGCACUCCUCCAUCCUUCCCCAUAGUUUGUCCUAAGCCAGGGGACAUGGAUGCACACAGUAGUGUUCUCAUUAAGGAGGAAAAGGAUAGGUAAGAAGCCUAGCUUGAGAGCCAGAUGAGUUUUGCUAGAACUGUGCUGAUGGUAAUAUGUAAUUUGCUUUUUCACACAGAGAUCUCAUUUUUUCACGUCUGGGAACGCAUGCUUCACCUCUCACUUCGUCACAGCGUCUUCCUGGGGGAGAUGAGCGUGGCCCCAGCCGCACCAUCUCGCCAUAUGUCGGUAUAAGGCCAGGCAGCAGCUCUGAAAUAAAGCCUCGUCUGACUCCAGACCAUCCCCCCAAGGUAAAGGUGAAAGAGGAACCGGAGGUCCUUACCUUUGAUGUGAGUCGUUCCACCAUCCCUGGGCUACACUUGCCCCACACCUCACCCACACUGGAGAGGUUUCGAGGGGCUUUUCUUGGAGAUCAGUUCCCUCAUUCUUUGGAACCAUGGAGAGAUCUAUACCGCAGAGCAGACCCUGCUCCACUACGCCUUCCACCUGUACCACCACGCCUGUAUGAACAGAGGGAGGAGAGAGCCCAUAUCCUGAGAGAGGACUUUGAGCGUGCCCGCGUGUAUGGGAUGCCUACUCAUGUCACUAUGCAGCCUGCGACCCCACCCAUGAUUGGCUCUCUCUACCCUCACCCAGGUGCCACUUUACUUAGAAAGACACCGCCCAUCAAUCUUCUGAGUGCCCCACCUCCACUUAUAUCAACAUCACGACCUGGCUCCCCACAUCGCAGGGACAUUUACAAGGAGAGGGACUCUAGAUAG